GCAAGUGUUUCAUAAACUCAGCAACUCUAACCCCAUUUUUCAGAGGUUGCCUUGGGUCAAUUAUCCCCUUAAGAAUAUGUUUUUCUCUAACAUGUUAUCUGUUCAAUCCAAGUUGGCCACAACUUCAUUGGAAUUUUUUUUCUGCAGGAGGAAAUAAAGUUGAAUAAACUUUGUUCAUAGUAUUUCAUGACAGUUAAUUAGUAACAAGAUCCAUUCUUCUAGUGUGUUCUUUGUCAUGUGACAGUUGAUUUCUCUAUAAAGGUAUUAGCUUCACUUAUGAAGCCAACUGAAUCUCUAAGCUACCCAUCUGAGGUCUUUGAAUAGCACAAUCAUGACUCAAAAACAGCUAAGCAAAUUCCUAGAUGAGAAGUUGGAAGAAAAUGAAAAGGCUACUCCUUCAGAACGGACAUUUAUGUAUGAUGGGGUGAAAUAUCCUACUAUGAUCUGUUGCCUGGAAACUCUGAAAAGGGUUAAUACUUUUAGAGCUCGAAAAGAUGAUAUCAUACUAGUAUCAUAUCCCAAAACAGGUUCAAACUGGGUUGGGGAGAUUUUAAGACAGCUGGAAAUUGCCUCUGGAAAAUAUGAUGAAGUUGAACAGAAGCGAAGGCAGCAAAUACUGGAGGAAUUAUCACUACUUCCUUUUCUUGAAUUUGGAGAUCCAGAAAAAUUUGAGAGGAUGGAAAAACUGCCUUCCAGAAGAAUUAUAAAAACACACCUCAUCCCUCACAUGUUGCCCAGGUCUUUUUUUGAAAAGAAGACAAAAAUGCUGGUUUUGUUUCGGAAUCCAAAGGAUGUAGCAGUAUCUUUCUUCCAUUUUGCCAAAGGCAUACACAUGAAUGACCAGAAUACCUGGGAUGAGUUCUUUGAAGAGUAUAUCACUGGAAAAGUGACCUAUGGAUCUUAUUUUGAUCAUAUUUCUGAAUGGAACAAGCAUCUGAAUGACAGCAAUGUAUUUUUUAUUACCUAUGAGGAAAUAAAAGAGAAUCCAGUCUCAGCACUGAAAAAUAUAGCCAAAUUCCUUGAUUUGUCUGUGACCGAAGAAAAGAUUGAGAGCAUUUUAAAGAAAACAAGUUUUGAAAGCAUGAAAGAUAAUGCAGGAACCUUAGGAAAAAUCGGCCAAGUACUUUUCCGCAAAGGCAUAGUAGGUGACUGGACGUCCGUCUUCUCAGAAAGCCAAAAUGAGAAAAUGGACAGAAAAUUUGAGGAGGCUGUAGCGAAAACUAAGCUUGGGAUGAAGUUGAAAUAUGAGCAGUACUGCAAAAACUGAACUGCUAUAAAUCUCUCGUGUUCUGAUUCUCUGCAUAAGGAUAAUAAAGACAUUCUUAAAUUGUUCAUGAA